CACUCCGCCGCUCGCUGCACGCUGGGCUCGCUACUCUCCACCGGACCGGCGGACAAAGCGCGGGGGCGCACGGGAACCAACACGUCCGGCGAACUUUGUGGCCGCGCUCAACUCCUGGACUCGCGUCUGUGUGUGUGUAUGGGGAGAGGAACACGUUCAUGAUGGACAUAUGGUUGCUUCUUGUGGAUCAGUAGCCGCUGAAACAAAGGCAGAGUUUUGGAGACUGUUUCCUACUGUCUGUUCUUACAUCUCCGUCCUGAGGAGACAUGGAGUAGACCCGGGAUUUAACGCAUUGUCUGCAUGCAAAACAGACGUGCUGGACGGAUCGGAUGCACAGUUUCCAUACACUAAUCCCGAGGGAUUAAACGAAAGAAAAGGGUGCAAUGGAUAAUUUCUUCACGGAGGGAGCCCGGGUGUGGCUGAAGGAAGAUGACCAGUACCUGCCCAGCACGGUGUCCACCUGCUCCGGAGGCGUGGUCGUCAUCGUCAGCGACUAUGGCCAGGUGUACACCUACAAGCAGAACGCCCUGAGCAGGCAGAAGGUGCAGGCCAUGCACCCCAGCAGCAUCCAGGGGGUGGAGGACAUGGCCACGCUGGACGACCUCCACGACGGAGCCAUCAUGCACAACCUCCACCUCAGAUACCAGCACCGCAAGAUCUAUACGUACAUCGGGUCCAUCCUGGCGGCGGUGAACCCCUACCAGCCCGUCCCGGAGCUCUACGGACCGGACGCCGUGGAGCGCUACUCACGCCAGCACCUGGGCGCCAUGGAGCCCCACAUCUACGCCGUCGCCAACGAGUGCUACAGGGCCCUCUGGAGGAGGGGCCACAGCCAGUGCGUCCUCAUCAGCGGGGAGAGCGGAGCCGGGAAGACGGAGAGCACCAAGCUGAUCCUCCGCUUCCUGUCGGCCAUGAGCCAGACCUCCCUGGAGGCCUCCUCCAGAGACAGGACCGCCCCAGACCGGACCGCCCCAGACCGGACCGCCCCAGACCGGACCGCCCCAGACCGGACCGCCCCAGACAGGACCGCCCCAGACCGGACCCCCUCCCUGGAGGUCUGCUCCAGAGACCGGAACCCCCGAGUGGAGGAGGCCCUGCUGGAGAGCAGUCCCAUCAUGGAGGCGUUCGGGAACGCCAAGACGGUCCACAACAACAACUCCUCCCGCUUCGGGAAGCUGGUCCAGCUGCACUUCAGCCAGCGGGGGAACAUCCAGGGGGGCCGCAUCGUGGACUACCUGUUAGAAAAGAAUCGGGUUGUGCGUCAGAACCCUGGAGAGAGGAACUACCACAUCUUCUAUGCCCUGCUGGCCGGGACACACACCCCACAGAGAGAGGCCCUAGGUCUGACCCAUGCAGACCACUACUACUAUCUGAAGCAGUCCGGUUGUGUGGACGACAAGACCAUCAACGACACACACACCUUCAAGGAGGUCAUGAAUGCAAUGCGCACGACGCAGUUCUCGGAGGAGCACAUCGGAGACAUCCUGCGCCUCCUGGCGGGGGUCCUCCACGCGGGGAACAUCGAGUUCAUGACCGCAGGAGGUGCUCAGGUCUCCUCCCCCGCAGCUCUCAGCAGAACGUCGGACCUCCUGGGUCUGAACCCGGAGCAGCUGUCGGAGGUCCUGACCCAUCGCUCCAUGAUCCUCCGAGGAGAGGAGAUCUGCACCCCGCUCACCGUGGAGCAGGCGGUCGACUCCCGGGACUCCAUGGCGAUGGCGCUGUACUCCCAGUGCUUCGCCUGGAUCAUCCGCCGCCUCAACGCUCGUAUCCGCGGCAACGACGACUUCCUGUCCGUCAGCAUCCUGGACAUCUUCGGCUUCGAGAACUUCGAGGUCAACCGCUUCGAGCAGUUCAACAUCAACUACGCCAACGAAAAGCUGCAGGAGUACUUCAACAAGCACAUCUUCUCCCUGGAGCAGCUGGAGUACAACAGGGAAGGCCUAGUGUGGCAGGACAUCAACUGGAUGGACAACGGAGAAUGUCUGGACCUCAUCGAGAAGAAACUGGGCCUCCUGGCUUUGAUCAACGAGGAGAGCCACUUCCCCAAGGCCACCGACGGCACCCUGCUGGAGAAACUCCACAGUCAGCACUCGAAAAACUCGUUCUACGUGAAGCCCCGUGUGGCGGUCCACUACUUCGGAGUCAAGCACUACGCCGGAGAGGUAGUGUACGACGUUCGGGGCAUGCUGGAAAAGAACAGAGACACGUUCCGCGAUGAUGUCCUCAACCUGUUGAGAGAGAGCCGAUUGGACUUUGUGUACGACCUGUUUGAGCACGUGUGUAGCCGCAGCGGUGGGGACACCCUGAAGACCAGCGUCAAGCACCGCCGGCCCACUGUCAGCUCCCAGUUCAAGAACUCCCUCCACUCUCUGAUGGCGUCGCUAAGCUCCUCCCAUCCCUUCUUCGUCCGCUGCAUCAAACCAAACACACACAAGAUGCCCGAGCAGUUCAACGCGGUGGUGGUGCUGAACCAGCUCCGCUACUCUGGGAUGCUGGAGACAGUGAAGAUCCGGCAGCACGGCUUCCCCAUCCGGAGGCCCUUCCAGGACUUCUGCUGCAGGUACAAGGUGCUAAUGAGGGGUGUGGCCCUGGCCGAGGACCCCAGGGGGCGGUGCCUUGAGCUGCUCCAGACCUACGACAGCAGCAGUAGCCAAUGGCAGCUUGGCAAAACCAAGGUGUUCCUCAGAGAGUCUCUGGAGCAUCGCCUGGAGAAGGAGCGCGAGGAGGAGGUUCUGCGGGCGGCCAUGAUCAUCCAGGCCCAUGUACUGGGCUUCAUCGCCAGGAAACAGUACAGGAAGCAGCUGCAGUGCAUUGUGGUCAUUCAGAAGAACUACCGGGCGUUCUUCUGGCGCAGGAGGUUCCUGCUGCUGCGGCAGGCGGCGCUUACCUUCCAGCGGCUCGUCCGCGGCCGGCGCGCCCGCCGCCUCUGCAGCCUGCUCCUGGAGGAGAGGAGGAGCAGGGAGGAGGAGGAGGAGAGGAGGCGCAGCGAGGAGCGGAGGGAGAUGGAGAGAGAAAGACAACGGUUGGAGACUGAGUUACUUGCGAAACAGGCGGAGGCAGCGAGGGCGCUAGAGGAGGCUCGGUGCGAGGAGGCGCUCGGGGAGGAGCCCGGUUCCCCCCUGGUCCCGGGCUCCGUGGAGGAGGAGGCGCCGGCGGCGGCGGACGGGAUCCGCCCCCAGGAGGUGUCCAAGGUGGAGGAGAUCCUCCGCCUGGAGCGGGAGAUCCAGGCCCUGCAGCGGCAGAAGGAGCGGCAGGAGCUGUCCCUCACGGAGGCCUCCCUGUGCCGGCUGCACCUCCUCCGGGAUCAGGAGCUGCGGCGGCUGGAGGACGACGCCUGCAAGGCCGCCCAGCAGUUCCUCGACUCGCUCAACUUCGACGAGAUCGAUGAGUGCGUCCGCAACAUCGAGAGCUCGCUGGGCUCCGGCGGCGAGGCGGCGGCGGCGGUGGCGCCGGCCAAGGGGGGCGGCGACGAGGGGGAGCAGGAGGAGGAGGAGGAGGAGGAGGUGGAUGAGGGCUUCGGCGCCGACGACGACAAAGACUCGCCCAACCCCAGCGAGCACGGCCACUCGGACGGCCAGCGGACCAGCGGCAUCCGCACCAGCGACGACUCGUCGGAGGAGGACCCGUACGCCAACGACGGCAUAGCCCCGCCCCCCGGCCUGCUGCACCCAGGGGGGGGGGCCCUCCCACCGCCGCCGCCGCCGCCCGUCGCCUGCCACAGCGUGUCCUCCAGUGGGGACUCGGCCUACUGCCACCCCCAGGCCUCGUCGGAGGCCCCGUCGGAGGUGGAGCUGAUCCCGCCCGACGAGGACUCGGACUACGACCAGGACGACUACGACCAGGACGCCCUGGGCUCCAGCGCCGGGCGGCCCGGGUCGCACCCCCGCAGCGGGCAGUGGUCCCCGGACUACCAGGGCUCCCUGGGCACCUACAGCAGCUCAGCGGCAUACCGCUUCAGCUCCGAGGGGCCGCAGUCUUCGCUGGAGGACAGCGAGGAGGACUUCGACCGCUUCGAGACGGACGAGGAGCUGUCGUACCGCCGCGACUCUGUGUACAGCUGCGUCACGCUACCCUACUUCCACAGCUUCCUCUUCAUCAAGGGCGGCCUGAUGAACACGUGGCGGCGGCGCUGGUGCGUGCUGAAGGACGAGACCUUCCUGUGGUUCCGGGCCAAGCAGGAGGCCCUGAAGCAGGGCUGGCUCCUCAAGAAGGGCGGCGGCUCCUCCACGCUGUCGCGCCGCAACUGGAAGCGCCGCUGGUUCGUGCUGCGGCAGAGCAAGCUCAUGUACUUCGAGAACGACGGCGAGGACAAGAUGAAGGGCAUGCUGGACAUGCACGCCGCCAAAGAGGUGGUAGAUAACACGGGUAAGGAAAACGGGCUGGACAUCGUGAUGGCCGACAGAACGUACCACCUGAUCGCAGAGACCGCAGAGGACGCCAGCCAGUGGUUCAGUGUUCUGAGCCAGGUGCAGGGAUCCACGGAGCAGGAGAUCAGAGAGAUGCACGAUGAGCAGGCCAACCCCCAGAAUGCAGUGGGGACUCUGGAUGUGGGGAUGAUUGAUUCAGUUUGUGCAUCAGACAACCCAGAGAGGUCCAACUCGUUUGUGAUGAUCACGGCGAACCGCGUGCUGCAGUGCCAGGCGGACACGCCGGAGGAGAUGCACCACUGGAUCACUCUGCUGCAGCGCUGCAAGGGCGACACCCGCGUGCACGGCCAGGAGUUCAUCAUCAGGGGCUGGCUGCAGAAGGAGCUGAAGAACAGCAGCCGCGCGGCUCUGAAGCUGAAGAAGCGCUGGUUCCUGCUGACGCACAACUCCCUGGACUACUACAAGAGCUCGGAGCGCCAGGCGCUGAAGCUGGGGACGCUGGUGCUCAACAGCCUCUGCUCCGUGGUGCAGCCCGACGACAAGGUCUUCAAGGAGACCGGCUACUGGAACGUGACGGUGUUCGGGCGGAGGCACUCGUACCGCCUCUAUACCAAGCUGCUAACGGAGGCGUCCCGCUGGGCCGGCGCCAUCCAGACCGUCAUCGACUCCAAGGCACCCAUCGACACGCCCACCCAGCAGCUCAUCCACGACAUCAAGGAGAACUGUCUGAACUCUGAGGUGGUGGAGCAGAUCUACAAGAGGAACCCCAUCCUCCGUCACAGCCACCACCCGCUCCACUCGCCCCUGCUGCCCCUCCCCUACGGGGACAUCCACCUCAGCUCCCUGAGGACCAAGGGCCCCACCACCCUGCAGGACGAGGCGCUGAAGGUGUUCGCCUCGCUGCAGCACCUGGAGGGCGUGGCGGACCCCCUGCCCGUCAUCCAGGGGGUCCUGCGGACGGGCCAGGAGCUGCGGCCCCUGAGGGACGAGCUGUACUGCCAGCUGGUGAAGCAGACGGCGCGGCCCCCCCACCCCGGGGGCCCCGGGAACCUGUGCAGCUGGAGGAUCCUGGCCUGCAUGGCCUGCACCUUCCUGCCCAGCCGCGGCGUGCUCCGCUACCUCAAGUUCCACCUCAAGAGGACGAAAGAGCUGUCCCCCAACUCGGAGAUGGAGCGCUACGCCUCGUUCGCCCUGGACUCCCUGAAGAAGACCCGCACCCGGGAGCACGUCCCGGCGCAGGAGGAGAUCCGGGCCAUCGUGGCCCGCCAGGAGAUGACCACCAUGGUGCACUGCCACGGCGGGGGGUCCUGCAAGAUCACCAUCAACUCCCACACCACCGCCGGCGAGGUGGUGAAGAAGCUGACCUGGGGCCUGGCGAUGGAGGGCAGCAGGAACAUGUUCGCUCUGUUCGAGCACAACGACAGCGUGGACAAGGCCAUCGAGGGCCGCGCCGUGGUGGCCGACGUGCUCGCCAAGUUUGAGAAGCUGUCAGCUGGCCAGGACCCCCAGGCCACCGGCUGGAGGUUCUACUUCAAGCUGUACUGCUUCCUGGAUACCGACGGCGUUCCCAGGGACAGCGUGGAGUUCGCCUUCAUGUUCGAGCAGGCCCAUGAGGCUGUGAUCCGCGGCCGCUACCCGGCCCCUGAGGAGACCCUCCAGUUCCUGGCGGCCCUGCGGCUGCAGUACCUCCUGGGGGACCACGGCUCCCCGGCCCCCCUCCCCGACAUGGCCCAGGUGUUCCCCGUGGCGCGGCUCCGCGCCCGCGUGCAGAACUCGGCCAAGACCUUCGCCCCGGGCGCCGGCUCGGUGUCGGAGCGCUCCUCCUCCGGGAGCGGCGAGAGGAAGCGCUCCAGCUUCCUGGAGGGAACGCUGAGGAGGAGCUUCCGGAGCGGCUCGCUGAGCCGGCAGAAGCUGCUGGAGGAGGAGAACUCGCUGGAGGCGUGGCUGCGCGAGGAGACGGCGGCGGUGCACGCCAGCGUGCUGGACAAGUGGCGGCGGCUGGUGGGGAUGAACCAGGAGCAGGCCAUGGGGAAGUACAUGGCCCUGGUGAAGGAGUGGGCGGGCUACGGCUCCACGCUCUUCAACGUCGAGAGCACUGACGAGGCGUUCCCCAGCGAGCUGUGGCUGGGCGUCAGCCGGCAGGCCGUGUCGCUCUACAAGCGCGGGGAGCCCUGGCCCCUGGAGGUGUUCCCCUACGAGCAGAUCCUCUCCUUCGGGGCCCCGCUGCCCAACGCCUACAAGAUCGCCGUGGAGGGCCGCGAGCUGCUCUUCGAGACCCCUCUGGUGAUGGACAUCGCUAAGCUGAUGAAGGCCUACAUCAGCAUGAUGGUGAUGAAACGCCACAGCAACCCCCAGUCGCUCAGCAGCCACGGCAGCCAGAGCAGCGCCUGGUGACCCCCUGGUGACCUGCAGGACCUCUGAACUUUGACCUCUGACCCGGGCGCUGUGUGGGUACAGCGCCUGGCGUCUGACGGGCCAGGACCCGAAGAGGGGGAGGAGCCGGGCGUCAUGGAGACAAAAAACCACCACAUCCCCACCACAAACCAAACUCGUGUACAUAGGUCGUUGUUAACCACAGUUGGGGUCAGGGUUAGGCUCUGACCCUGAGGUUAGACUCUGACCCUGAGGUUGGACUCUGACCCUGAGGUUAGACUCUGACCCUGAGGUUAGGCUCUGACCCUGAGGUUAGACUCUGACCCUGAGGUUAGGCUCUGACCCUGAGGUUAGACUCUGACCCUGAGGUUAGACUCUGACCCUGAGGUUAGGCUCUGACCCUGAGGUUAGACUCUGACCCUAGACUCUGACACUAAGGUUAGACUAUCUAACCCUGACCCGGAUUUACAGAGGUCGUUAUUUUCAAAGAAUCACAGUUGUCGUUAAGGGUAGGGGUUACGGUUAGCCUGAACUUCACCCUUAUACUCACCUUGAAGGAAAAUAUUGUGUCAGGAAAGGAGCGAACUUGACUUGGUAUUGUUGGUGGAGUGGGGACUUUGAUUCUGUGGGAAAAUCUUUUUGUUUCAAGUUAAACUGCUAAUUUUUUUUUCUAUAUGCUAGGUGCUGUCACACUUCACGGGCUGUUAAUAUACUGUGUGUGUGUGUGUGUGUGUGUGUGUGUGUGUGUGUGUGUGUGUGUGUGUGUGUGUGUGUGUGUGUGUGUGUGUGUGUGUGUGUGUGUGUGUGUGUGUGUGUGCGCGCGUGCGUGUCUGAGUUUCUUUUUGUGUGUGGGUGGGUCUUUUGACUGUCAGAAUGUAAAAAACAAGCAGAGAAUUUGUAAAAAGAAAAAAAGAAAGUACUUACAGGAUUUGAGUGAAGGCCUUGUGUCGAGCUAUAUCCAGGUCUGUUUGUAAAUGUACAUCCUUAUGCAGUCGCCUUGAACAUUUCAAACCAUGCUGGGAUCUCACAGGACCCUGCCGUGCCAGCCUCGAGGACUCUCAAUCAGGACCGAGCUCGCUGUCAAUCCAGGUAUCCCUCUCGUUGUUCUCGAGACGCUGCCGUCUCUCCUGUCCUACCGAUGUUCCUUAAUGCGUUCACAAGGACCUACGAGUCCUACAUCCACACUGGCGUCUGGACGUCCAUUUUGUGAAUCCUCAUCAGUUCAUAGAGAGAGUUUGUAUCACAGAAGGGAUAUGAAUCAUCCAUACUCUACUGUAUCGGCUUAAGGAAAACCAGUCGGUAUGAUUUAAACCAUACUCUAUAUUCUAUAGUGUACUCUCGGCUACAAAACGUUUUUCGGACUCGUGGUUUGUUUCUGAUUAGUCGCAGGUUUAUUCAUGUCUGAACUACAUUUCUUCAGGAGCAGAACUACAUUUCCCAGGAGCACCGCGGGCGGUCGGUCCAUCCAAAGCUCUUUGCCGUCUGUGCCUUAUUGUAUAUUGUGUACACUUUAAGUAACGCCAUCUUCUGUCGAGUUGUAAUGUGCAAUGUCUGGUUUGUGAUUGAUGGUGUAUCCACUAGCUGUACAUUUUAUACCGCUGCCCUUUGCCUUCAGUUUGAUUUUGGACCACGAGGUGAUAUUUUAUAGAUAAUCAUGUUGUAUUUUUCCUUACGAUUACAGUGAAUCCAUCAUCAACAGAAAUACUGGAUUCUUGAUGCUUUUGUAUCUGUAUUGGCUAUGUUGUGUAUGUAGGCCUACAAUAUGGCUCUGACAAUAAACCAUAAAUAUUUA